AUGAUUAGUCCCCGCUGGCACCUUUUACUUGUCCCCACCCUCCAUUCUUGGCUAGUCCCUUGUUUCAGAGCCCUCCUCCACUACCCGCUUGACUUUCACUUGUUUCGUCCCCUCCUCCCACAGCUAACUUUUGUCUUUCACUCUUACACUCAGCUAGUCCAUAGCCUUUCAUUCACUCCCCACAAGAUGGUCCAGUAUCUUUUCACCCACUCCUUCCCACCACUGUUUGUCACUGUAGACUUUCACUCCCUCGCCUGGCUUGUCCCCCGUAGCCUUUCACUCCCUCGCCUGGCUUGUCCACCCCUUUCACCCCCCAGCCUUGGCUUGUCCACUGUAGCCUCCCCACCCCCCAGCCUUGGCUUGUCCACCGUAGCCUCCCCACCCCCCAGCCUUGGCUUGUCAACCGAGCCUCCCACCCCCCAGCCUUGGCUUGUCCACCGUAGCCUCCCCCACCCCCAGCCUUGGCUUGUCCACCGAGCCUCCCACCCCCAGCCUUGGCUUGUCCACCGUAGCCUCCCACCCCCAGCCUUGGCUUGCCCCCCCACCAGUAGCCUCCCCCACCCCCCAGCCUUGGCUUGUCCACCCCUUGGCUUGUCCACCGUAGUCCCCCCACCCCCCAGCCUUGGCUUGUCCGUAGGCCCCCCACCCCCAGCCUUGGCUUGUCCCGUUGUCCCACCCCCAGCCUUGGCUUGUCCACCCCAGCCCCCACCCCCCCAGCCUUGGCUUGUCCACCGUAGCCUCCCCACCCCCCAGCCUUGGCUUGUCCACAAAAGCCUCCCACCUCCCAGCCUUGGCUUGUCAUCAUAG